UAAUAGCUGUACAGCUAAUUAACGUUAGUUAGCGAGCUAGUCAGCCAGGUAUAAAGCGCUGAAUUAAAAAUAAACAUGGAGAUUAAUAAACUAAGACCCUGCUGCUCAUUCAGAUGCCUGUCUUACCUAACUUAUCUGUAGUUAAAUGUAAACGCAGUGGCUGUGAGGAGCAGCAGGAGGAUAAAGUACAGCUACAGGCAGGGAGCUGGUCUAGUAACCUAGGUUAGCUUUCUAUCUAGCUAACUAACUAACUAACUAACUCACUCACCUAGCACUGUAUAUUAGCUUAUAGCUUUAAAGACGAGUCGUGGCUGGGUCUUCCAGCAUGACAAUGACCCGAAACCCACAGCAAGCAACGAAUCACAUCAUCGUUCGUAUCAUUAAUGUACAUUUUAUUGCAUUAAAUAGGGAUGUGCCAUAUCAUAUUAUACGCUAUAAUGUUGCCAACAUUUUUACAUUUCAGGAACGAUUUCAUACCCUGAAAUAUCGUGCCAUAUCACUCACCCCUAUUUAUCACAUUUGGCUCUGCUUUUUUGCUGUUUUUAGCAAAAUAGCUAUUUACUUUAGACUGUUCUUAUUUCCCAUUAUGUAUCUACCAGAUACAGAUUAUAUCUGUCCAGUAUCAUUUAUUUUACUUAAUUUUUUAAAUGUACAAAGAUAUAUAAAGAGCAUUAUUAGUGUCAUUACUUUUGGAUCACAAUCUGAUAAAUUCUUGUAUUUAUUUGGUAUGCCAGUUAGGAGUGUGCCAUAUCCAAUGCAAUAAUUUACUAAAUAAGUAUUUUUUAAAUUUUGUUUGUUAAUGUUUUUUCAAAGCUUUUUUUAAUGCUUUGUCAUAUCGCCAAGAGUAUUGUUAUCGCAAAGAUACCAUGAAAUAUCAUGAUAAUAUUUUAGGGCCCCCCCUUAGCAUGAAAUAAUUAUUUGAUACAAUAGACUAACAGAGCUGGAUGGUUUUGGAUGUGUAAAAGUAGACAGCAUUAGCUUUGACGAAGCUUUGAAGACGGGUCAUGGCUGGGUCUUCGAGCAUGACGAUGACUCAAGAUACACAUGUCUGUGCAGUGUAAGAGACAGAAUCUAAAACAUCAUGAUUUUGCCAGAAUGGCUUAUCAUACCCAAGAGCUAUAUUAGGUGACAUUGACAUGAGUGAGCUGGCCAGGAUUUGCACAUUUUCCCAACAGCUAGCAUUCAUUCCUUUCAGGGAAAAUGAAAGUAACUCACAGUCAUGGAUUGAUAUGACUGCUUUGUCUAAUAUUCCAGUUCCUUGCUUGCACUUUGUCAUAUUUGUCUGCUGUUAGCAGGUCAGUUGCUGUGAUUUUUUUACACAGUUUAGCUAGAAUUUAGCAUCUACCUAGUUUAGAAUCUGCACUUCCACAUGGAGGAAAUGGGGGCACUUGCAUCAGGAAGGAUCCCUCCCACCCAGCACACUCACUUCCUGUCCGGCUCCCCUCAGGCAGGAGGCUGCGGAGCAUCAAGUGCAAAAGUACAAGACUGAGAAACAGCUUCAUUCCAGAAGCUCAGGUCUACCAAAGAAACGGAAGGCAGGACAAUCACAGAAACAGAAGAAGCAAGGAUAAGAAGCUGAGACGGGAGUGAAAAGACAGAGGAAAGAACAUUUUUCAGUCCAGCGGUUUCAGUCCAUCUCUCGAGAACUUGUUAAGUAGAAGAUUUCCACAACACACAGACACACACACGGCUAGGCCAGCGCUGCAGUCUUUCAGUUCUCUGAAUACUGAAUGUACUGGCCCCUCCAUACAUGCAAAUGGCUUGUUGUCUGAAGGACGAGCUCCUGUGUUCGAUUUGCCUGAGCAUCUACCAAGACCCGGUGAGUUUCGGUUGCGAGCACUACUUCUGCCGAAAGUGCAUCACAGAGCACUGGAACCGGCAGGAGCACCACGGCACGCGGGACUGCCCGGAGUGCAGGAGGACCUUCACAGACCCGCUUCUCUCGCCGAGCCUCAAACUCUCCAACAUCGUGGAGAGGUACUCGGCCUUUCCCCUGGACGCCAUCCUCAACGCCCAGAGGAGCUCCUACCCGUGCAAGGACCACGAGAAGGUCAAGCUCUUCUGCCUCAGCGACAAAAGCCUGGUCUGCUUCUUCUGCGAUGAGCCUGCCUUACACGAGCAGCACCAGGUUACCACCAUCGACGAAGCCUUUGAGGAAAUACAGAGGGAGAUGAAGGAGCAGCUGGCGGCUCUGCAGGACAGCGAGAAGGGUCACACAGAGGCGCUGCAGCUGCUGCAGAGGCAGCUCACUGAAACCAAGUCUUCAGCGAAGAGCCUGCGGGCGACUAUCGGCGAGGCGUUUGAGCGACUGCACCGUUUCCUGCGCGAGAGGCAGAAGAGCAUGCUGGAGGAGCUGGAGUCGGACACGGCUCGCACGCUUACUGACAUAGAGCACAAGAUCCAGCGCUACAGCCAGCAGCUCCGCGACGUCAAGGAGGGCAUCCAGAUACUGCAGGAUAAGCUGAGCGAGACCGGCCGACACGAGUUCCUGGAGGGAGUGGCCCUCACCUCCGAUAGAAUAAAAGGGAAAAUACAUGAAACCAACCUUACUUAUGAAGACUUCCCCACGUCCAAAUACAUGGGGCCACUGCAGUACACGAUCUGGAAGUCUCUGUUCCAGGAUAUCUCCCCAGUGCCUGCAGCCUUGACACUAGAUCCCGUGACCGCCCACCAGAGGCUGAUACUGUCUGACGACUGCACCAUAGUGGCGUACGGGAACCUCCACCCGCAGCCGCUGCAGGACUCGCCGCGUCGCUUCGACGUGGAGGUAUCCGUGUUAGGAGCUGAAGGUUUCUGCGCAGGCGUCCACUACUGGGAGGUGAUGGUCUCGGAGAAGACUCAAUGGAUGAUUGGCGUGGCCAACGAGACGGUCAACCGCAAGGGCAGCAUCCAGAUACAGCCCAGCCGCGGCUUCUACUGUAUAGUCAUGCACGACGGGAACCAAUACAGCGCCUGCACCGAGCCCUGGACCCGCCUCAACGUCAAAAGCAAACUGGAGAAAGUGGGCGUCUACCUGGACUACCCUAAAGGUCUGCUGGUUUUCUACAACGCUGACGAUAUGUCCUGGCUCUACACCUACCGAGAGAAGUUUUCCGCCAAGCUCUUCCCGUACUUCAGCCCCGGGCAGAGCCACGCCAACGGAAAGAACGUGCAGCCCCUGCGGAUCAACACGGUGCGUCUAUAGGACCCAGCAGACUGAGCAGGCCAACUGAGCCAGGCUGAGAAUCUGAUUCAGGCUGAGAAAGAACAAUAGAUUUAUAUUCUGUCAUUUUUUCUUUUUUCCUUUUUUUUUUAAGAAAAAGCAAAAAAAAGAAAAGCCCAGGGUGUAUAAAGUUUAAUUUCUUUCAGUUCACUUUUAUUUAGGCACUUGCGUUUGUGGAAGUCUUAAAUGGUGAUGGAUAAAAGUUGAAACGUGAUAAAUCAGGCACUCUAGGGGUGGGAAUGUCAGGGCAGGUCACCUCACAAUGCAAAAUUAUCACGAUACGUCACAAGACAAUUAUAUACUUUACAGCAUCUGUGUUACUGAAGAGGACAAAAUAAUCAUAAAUAAGCAAAUACCAGGAUUUAUGGAUUUAUUAGGAUCAGUUUCACAGAAUUUGCCAACCACAAGUUUACCCUUUUUAUUUGAUUAGCACCAAAGUCAAACUGGGGAAGUUUAUACCACCUAUAGCUCUGGAAAAAAAUAAGAGAACACAUCAGUUUCUGAAUCAGUAAACUGCAAAUAGAAAAAGAUGUAGAGCUUUCAGGUCUCAAAAAAAUGCAAAGAAAACAAGUUCAUAUUCAUAAAGUUUUAAGAGUUCAGAAAUCAAUAUUUGAUGGAAUAAAUCUGGUUUUUAAACAGUUAUUAUGCAUCUUGCCAUGUUCUCCUCCACCAGUCUUACACACUGCUUUUGGAUAACUUUAUGCUGCUUUACUCCUGGUGCAAAAAAUUAAGCAGUUCAGCUUGGUUUGAUGGCUGUAGUUUGAUGGUUUUCAAUUUGGUGAAAUCAAAGAAACUCAUCAUUUUUAAGUGGUCUCUUAUUUUUUUCCAGAGCUGUAUAAUAAAAAAAAUAAAAAAAAGAUAUUGACCCCAUGCAUCGAUUUGUUACGGUACAAUCAAAAUGAAACAAUUAAUUGCGCUAUAUCGAUUUUUUUUGUCCUACCCCUAGUUGCUGGUUGACGUUCUUAUCUGCACCGUAGGUUCUUGUAUUGCUGUAGUGAGGAGGACUUCCACAGGAAAUAGGAAGUUGAAGGAAAUGAUUGCACACUUCUUCUAAGGAUCCGGAUCUCUGUAGGCUUUUUGUACGUUUAGUGUUGCUGGUCAUUUGUAAUCCUGCCGUGACCCUCUGAUCUCUCUCCCAGGGUCUCCCAGCUGCACACACACACACACACACACACACACACACACACACAAUGCUCUAACUCAUAUCCUCUCAGCCUCCAGUGGCCAAGUGCUCCCCCUCUCCUUCUUCCCCUCCGUUUUAUGGCUCCUGCCUCGGGAGAGAGCUCCUCCGCCGCAGCCAGAGAUGUGAAGAUGUGUCGCCUUCUAGUCAUUGUGCAAUCGGCUUUCGGCGUGUUCGUGGAAUGUCCAGUCCAGUACUGUACUGCUACACUACCAUUUCUUACAUUGUUCUUAUGAUUAAUAUGAUUAUAAUAUUAUUAUUAUUAUUAUUAUUUUGCACAAGUUGUUUUAUGUGCUUGUGCUUUGCUGGUGACUGAUAUGAAAGAUGAAAAUAUGAAAUAUAAAUGUUUUUUUUUUUAUGAAUUUUUCUCCCUUACACUCCCGUCUGUGCAGAGAACGGCACGUGAAUUCUUCUGCUCCUCAGGUGACCUUCAUCAGUGACACUUAAGUCAGUCUGUCAGUUAUUCAGUCAGUCAGUCAAUCUGCCACAAAGGACUUGAGUGACUUGAGUUCAGCUUCAGUCGUCCAGCAGUCCAGAUGUCCGACCGUCUGUCUCGUGUGCGUGUGUGUGUGUGUGCAUCUGCGAGAGUUCCAUUUAGAUUUAGUCCAAGUUAGAGCUGGGCAAUGUGAUGAUACUUUCGUUUCGUAUCGUGUUUUGAUUAGGGCUGCAACUAAUGAUCAUAAUUUUUUAGACGAUUAUUUUUUUGAUUAGUCAACCAUAAUUUCUGCCAUCUCUAAAAACAAUUAUAACAGCAGAACAUGAGGUUUAAAUAGCAUUUAAAUAUCUACAUGUUGUUUAAACAUGGAAAUUACUGAUAUUUAGUGAUUUAAUAUGUAAUCUGUUGUGUUUGGGCCACAGUCUAAGUCUCCUAUUGCGCUUUUUUGUCCCCAGCACUUUGCGUAUUGUGGUACUGUUACAAAUUAGCGAUUGGUCGACAAUUAAAUAUGUAGUUGACAAAUUUAAAUAAUCGACAUUGUCGAUUUUUAUAUCGACUAAUUGUUGCAGCCCUAGUUGUGAUAUUUUUUCAUUUUGUAUCGACAAUAUGCUUUUUUUUUUUGUGUGUUGGUUUGUUUUAAAGCAUAUCGAGAUAAUCAUCAGUGCUUAAUAAGAACAUACUGACUCAACUGCACAUUUCAUAAAAAAAAGUCAUUAAAAAUCAUCUUAAAGGAGAACACCGGUGUGAAAUUGACUUGGGCUGUAGUGAAACAUAUUAAUGAAUACAAACGUUUGUUCAAUAGCCCACCUCCAUUUUCCCCCCUUAUUCUGAAAUACAGCACUUUUAGCCAAUGCUCCCAACAAACUCAACAAUGCUGGUGAUGGGGGCAUAGAGUAGCCCAUGCAAAGAAAUCACUAUUUUUUACAAUUAACAAGCUCAAAGUAGCUCCACACUUCAUUAGUAGGAUUCUGAGAGCCCUCACAUUUAAACGAGGCACUGAAAGCUUUGAAAGUGUGCAGGUAGUUUAUAGUUUAUUAAAAACACUGUUUAUACACACACUACUUACUUACAAUACAAUACAAUCUUGAAAUUAAAGGCAUGAUAAGUCAACUGACAAGCACAAACAAAUAGGCUGGAUGGAUAAUGAACGGAUUGCAAGAUUAAUUCAGUGGAAAUGCAUGCAUGCAAUUCCAGAUUUUGCUGACUACACCAGGAUCCAGGCACCAGGAUCCAUGCUAUGCAGAGUCUCUCUCUCUCUCUCUCUCUCUCUCUCUCUAUAUAUAUAUAUAUAUAUAUAUAUAUAUAUAUAUAUAUAUAUAUAUAUAUAUAUAUGUCAUUAACAGUACAGUAAUGGCGGCGCUCAGAGCUGAAGCUGAAGCAUUAUAGGAUGUAAACAGUGUUUUAAAUAAGCUUCUUCUGCACUUUUUAAGUUAUUAAUGCCUCGUUUUAAACGUCAGGGCUCUCCUGAUUCUAGCAAGGAGAUGUGGAGCUACUUUAAACUGGAUAACGGUAGAAAAAGCGAUUUAUCUGGGUAAAUUAUGCCCUGUGUCACCCAGUCUGAAGGGUGUUUUUGGACAAACUGACGAGCACAAACAAAGAAGCAGGAUAGAUAGCGAACGAAUUGCAAGAUUAGUUCAGUGGAAAUGCAUGCAUGCAAUUCCAGAUUUUGCUGACUAUCAUUUUAACAAAAAUACAUUUCCUCUAUUUCCCUGGUGAUUUUUAUUGAUUGUUUUGCUACACAUUAUCAAAUUUAACAGAAUUAAAUGUACAGUUGGGUUAGUUUUUUAUUAUUAUUUAUUUGUGCACUGAUGAUAUCCUCAAUAUGAGUAACAAAAAUAUAGUGUUGAUAAUGUUACUGCGAUAAGAAAAUUGAUCACAAUACGAUAAAAUAUUGUUAUAUUGCCCAGCUCUGCUUGCUUCCCUUUACCCUUCUUUCUUUGUGUCCUGAUUUUAUGUUAGUUUAAUAUUCUGCACAUAGAAAAAUAAUGGUCAUGAGACAGUCAAAGGAUGUAUGUUAUAUGGUGGUUAAAGGACUGUCAGACGUCGUGUAUUUUUGCGUGUAUUUGUUGCACAUUUGUUGAUGUACAUAUUGCUGGUGAUACCACUACAUCUAGUGUUCCUUCUGUUCUUCAUGUUCCUCAUGUUUCUUGUGUGUUUUUGGCCUUCAGCAUAUAUUGUUUGUCAUGUAUUGUUUUUAUGUACUGGUAUCUAACCUCGUUUUACUCCAUAGUACCUUUCUUCCCACACUUCUUACUCCUUAAAGGAGAACUCUGGUGUAAAGUGGACUUUUGUUGUAGUAAAACAUAAAAAAAGUACUUUUGAUGAAUAGCCCAACUCUGUUCUCUCACAGCGUUCUGACACCAGGAGGCAGGCUAUGUGGAGUCUAUGUAUAUAUUUGUCUGUCAUUAUCAGUACAGUAAUGGUGGCGCUCAGAGCUAAGAAAAUAGGGUUAUGGGAUGUAAACAGUGUUUUUAAAUAAUCUUUUUCUGCACUUUUUAAGUUAUUAACGCCUCAUUUUAAAUGUUAGGGCUCUCCAGAUUCUAGCAAAGAGGUGUGGAGCUACUUUGAGCUGGAUAACUGUGGAAAAAAACUAAUUUUUGUCACUCAGUCUGAAGGGUGUUUGGACAAACUGUUAAAAUUUCUGGAUCUCAGAACCCUGUGGGAGAGCGUAGGUGUGCUAUUCAUCAAAGGUAAGAACUUUUUAACAUGUUUUACUACACUAAAAAAAAAGGACAUUUUACACUAGAGUUCUCCUUUAAGGCCAAUUUAUACUUCUACAGCAAACCUACGCUGUAGCCUACGUGUAUUCACCGAGAGCGCACUAAGCAGCAGAACGCGUUUAUACUUCUGUGUGUGCAUAUCAGUGGCUCUGCGUUGCUUUACAGUUUAAAAACGAGAAGGGGGAAUGUGUGGGUGGGAACACGAGGCCCGGCAGACCAGUCACAGCAGCGGCUGUCCUCGUUGUGUGACGUGUAGUUACAUUUCCAGCGAGGUGCGCAUCAAGCUAUGCUGUAGGUUUGAAGCAGAAGUAUAAAUUGGGUUCUCACUGCCUUCCCGAGGAUGUCUCAUUAGAACAGUCAGUGUGUUAAAGUGAGCAUCAGGCCAUCUGUCUUUCACUAUCACUUUAACACUGAAUCUGAUUAAGCAGAAAGUGUGCAAGAUGUUUGAUUAAUGUUUUUUUUUUUUUUUUCUUUUUAUGUAACCAAAGAGUGCAAAACCAUUCCAUUCCGUUUUAUUAUAAAAGAAAGAAAUAGUUCUGAUAAUAACAGCAACAACAACAAAAGAGGGCCAAAUAUUUUUAUGAACUGACCUUAAAUGACCUUAGCUGACCUUAAAACUGACCUUUCCAUGUAAAUAGUUCAAAUAGCUCAACUUCAGGUGAUGUUAAACUGUUCUCUUUUUGUUUGCUCUCUUGUUUGUUGUGAUGUUCUUGGUAAGAAAUGGUGAAAAUGCCUAAAGAUUCUGGAUUCUGCCACUAAAGUCUUACACAGUUGCUCUGCACAUAAACUGCUGAAGAACUCUAUACCUACGUCUCUGAACGCACUUUCCCACUUUUGUUAUUUGCCCAUGAAGGGAUGUUCCCACUACCGCAGUGUAAACAUUCGGUACACUGAUAUUCUCUAAGGUCCAAUUAUAAAGCGCAGCUCCUCUGUUCUAAUACUUCAGGGAGCUUUAGCAGUUUCUUUAUAUUUGAUAUUCUGCCCACGUCAGCAAUAACCGUUCUGCUAUAAUCAUUCUCUCUGCUUUUGCAUAGCAGAAUGGAGCUUUAUCUAACCAGCUAGAGAAUGUGUGAACACUGGACGCGAGAGUUAAUUAUAAAUUAGAAUUUGUCAUGUGACUUUAUGACUUUGGGAGGAGAGAGAGCAUAAAAAAGAUAAGGCUUGAAAGCUUUAAACUCAAGGUGUUUAGUCUAAUCUGACAUUAGUAAUGAGAUUUCAUUGGUAGUGUGAAUUUCCUACUUUUAAAUCUCCUGCAGCAGAUUAUUGGUUCAGUAUUAACCAUAUUGAACCCCAUUCCAGAUCAUUGCACAUCUCUCUACUGCUGGGAUCAGCAGCUCUGUUCCUGGAUAUCUGCUUUCUGAUUUGUAUCUGUUUUAAAUUUGUAUUGGGCGCAGGUGUUUAAUAGUGACAAACAAACAAAAUAGAAUAUCAAUGAAAAGUUACUUUAUUUCAGUAAUUCAGUUCAAAAUCUAUUAUAAAUGUUUAUUUUUUUUAUUGUUGAUUAUGACUUACAGCCAAUGAAAACCCAAAAAUCAUUGUCUCAGAAAAUUAGAAUAUUAUAUAAGACCAAUUGGUCUUUUUGGCUGUGUGGGCAGUGUGCCAAAUCCUGCUGGAAAAUGAAAUCUGCAUCUCCAUAAAAGUUGUCAGUAGCAGAGGGAAGCAUGAAGUGCUGUAAGAUUUUGUGGGAAAACAAAACUGCACUGACUUUAGACUUGAUAAUAAAACACAGUGGAUCAACACCAGCAGAUGACAGACAUGACUCUCUAAACCAUCACUGAUUGGUGGAAACUUCACACUAGACCUCAAGCAGUUUGGACUGUGUCUCUCUCCACUCUUCCUCCAGACUCUGCUCCCUUGAUUUACAAAUGAAUUGUAAAAUUUACUGAUGAUCAGUGAUGGUUUGGAGAGUCAUGUCUGUCAUCUGCUGGUGUUGAUCCACUGUGUUUUAUUAUCAAGUCUAAAGUCAGUGCAGUUUUCUUCUUCCCUUUGCUAAAAGACAACUUUUAUGGAGAUGUGGAUUUCAUUUUCCAGCAGGACUUGGCAAACUGCCCACACUGCCAAAAGUACCAAUUGGUCUUGUAUAUUAUUCUAAUUUUCAGAGACACUGAUUUUUGGGUUUUUAUUGGCAGUUAGCCCUUAUUAUCAGAACGCUUAAAAUAGAUAAUAUAGGAGUUUCACAUUUUGAACUGAAUUACUGAAAUAAAGUAACUUUCCAAUGAUAUUUUAUAUAUAUAUAUAUAUAUAUAUAUAUUUCAGAUUCUCUAGUAUAUCUGGCAUAAUCCUGAUACUCAAGACAGAUAAAGAGUACAGGUGUAUAUGGGGUCCAAGACUAAAAUCCAGAUUUUACAGAAACAGUGCCUUAGAAGGUUAAACAAGUAAAAAAAAAAAAAUUCCCACAGAAGCCAGUAUUAAUUACCUCUCUACCCCAAAGUCAUGAACUCAUGUGGUCAUAACAUAAUUCAGUAUCAGCUUUAAAGAACCAGUAGAUCAUCCCCGCUGCACUGAACGCUCCUUAAACACUGCGUUUGAGCUGCUGGUCUGAUACAGAACACACUUCCCCUUUUUUGUUUCAGUUCAUUCCCUAUCUUAUAUAUGACCCUCGUCCCUCUGCACUCCUGUUGGGUUGUGUGUGUUACUGUGUGUGUGCUGUCUGUCGUGUUGGUGUUUAAAGGUUAAGGCAGCACUGUGGGGACGCGAGAUGCUGCACCUGUAUAACGGGGACCGCUGCAGAGUCCGGCCACGUUUAUCUGAGGCAGCCGCCGGUUGUUCCUUUAUAUCGGGUGGUGGGAUACUUGAGAUAUAUAGUUAAGAGUUUACGAUGCGUAUUAAGAUGAUUAUAACAGUGAUGAAUAUGAUGAUUGUGCUUUUGGACGACGGACGCUUUGCUCCCAUCGUUGUGUAAAUGAACUCUGGUGAUGCUCUCGCUGCUAGAGGUUCAUGACAAAUGUUUUAUUGUACAAAAUAAAGAAUGGUGAAAUCUACAA